UUUGUUGUCAGUCACUAAUGCUGGUGCUGGUCUGAAGGCUUCACAGCGGUGGUGCUUGUGUCUUGGCGUCACCAUGGCCAAUCUUUUUCUAACUCACAACUCUUAUUCUUCCGUUCUAAAUCAAAACCCUAAUUUCUCUUCUCCUAAAAUCAAAAUAAAUCCACUCCACUAUCCUUUCAGAACCCUACCACAUCAUCACACCCCAUUGGUUUGUGCAUUAAAGGAAGAUUCCAACCCUGAAACAAUCCAAGAUGGCGAGGUGAAAAAUUUAGGAGUCGAAGUUGCGCUGUCCAUGUUGAGAUUCUACAAGAGAGAAAUUUCACCAAUUUUGCCCAAGAGCUGUCGCUAUGUUCCUACAUGCAGUGAAUAUUCCAUGGAGGCUUAUAAGAGAUAUGGAGUGGUGAAGGGUACAGUUUUGACUGCCUGGCGUCUCUGUCGAUGCAAUCCCCUUGGUGGGCAUGGUUAUGAUCCACCUAGAUGGUUUGGCGAGCCUCGUCUACCGGAAGAUGUUGACGACUGAUUGAGAUGAAUGGCUGAUUUUAAGAGAAAUUGUAUUGAGAAGGAUUAUAUGUGAUCGGAAUAGAUCGGAUGAUAAUCAAAUUGAACAUCUUUGUACACCCAAAGAGAAAACAGUUCUGAAACAAAGAGAGAUCUGCACAUUGAAUACCGUA